UGUGGGCCAGGUGCAUGGUUGAUAGAUCUAGCGAAUAAGUAUGAGGAUUCAAAUUUCUUUGGAAUCGACAUAAAAUCUGUAUAUCCAAGUGAAGCGAUUCCGGAAAAUUUAGAGUUCGUUGAAGCAGAUAUAUUCAAUGGGCUACCAUUUCCUGAUGACGAAUUUGAUUUCGUACAUCAAGAGGUUAUGGGUCUUAUUAUCAAAGCAAUUCAGUGGGAUUUUGUGAUUUCAGAACUCGUUAGAGUGACAAAGCCAGGCAGUUUUAUUGAAUUGGUUGAA